GAAGCGCCUCCUCACUUUCCCGACCACAAAGACUAUCUGUAAUUUCAUCAUCAUUCAGAUCCUUGAUUCCUCUUCCUUUUAAUUGCAAUCCAAACAAAUUUUCCAGUUUCUCACAAGUCACAAAUCUCUCGACCCGAAAAAACCCAUAUCUCUAAUGGCGGCAACAACCUUUUUUUUGCUUCGAUUCGACCCUUUAAAGCUCAAACAAUGUUUUCCCCUCCGUUUACGCCUUUCUUUCCCUCCCCGCUUCUCUAAAUUGACCGAAAACAUGACUUUUCAAAGCCAAGGCUGCGCUAAGUUUAAAACCAAAUGUCUCUUCUCGAAGAGGAAGCAUUUAACGAGCUCGAAUUUGAACACCGACCAUUUCAGUUGUAGCUCAGAUGACAAGACCCCAUUCGAGAUAGUUUCUUCAACGAUUUUAAAAUCUCUAGAGGCAUUGAAAAAGCCUGUUAUAGCGGCGGUUUUAUUGGGGUUGUUGUUAAUGUUUAAUCCUUAUAAAACAGCAUUGGCUGCUUCUGGUGGGAGGAUGGGAGGGAGGUCUUUUUCCACUGGUUCUUCGUCUUCGAGGAGUUAUUCGGCGCCUAGCGAUGGAGGGUCGAGCUUUUCUUCGUACUCCGUUCCUUACUGUUCGCCGGCUCCAUUUGGCGGCGGCGGUGGGUUAUAUGUCGGGUCGGCUGUUGGGGUCGGAGUUGGGGCUGGGUCGGGUCUUUUUCUUAUUGUGAUGGGGUUUUUCGCUUUUGUUUUGGUUUCCGGGUUUCUUUCGGAUUGGUCCGAGAGCGGCGUGCUUGCUGAUAUUGAAAGAACCAGUGUUCUUAAGCUUCAGGUUGGGUUGUUGGGUUCAGGACGAUCUCUUCAAAGGGAUCUAAAUCGGAUUGCAGAAGUUGCUGAUACUUCUACCUCUGAGGGUCUAAACUUUGUGUUGACGGAGACAACACUGGCUUUGCUUCGCCAUCCUGAUUAUUGCAUAUCGGGAUAUUCAUCUGUGGAUGUGAAACGAAGCAUAGACGAUGGGGAGAAACGCUUCAAUCAACUCUCGAUCGAAGAACGUGGUAAAUUUGAUGAGGAGACACUAGUGAAUGUGAGCAAUAUUAGAAGGCAAAGUACAACAUAUCAGAAAGCCGGUGGAUUCAACAAUGAGUAUAUAGUGAUAACAAUUUUGGUGGCUGCUGAAGGAGUGCAUAAAUUGCCCCUCAUCAAUGGAAGUGGUGACUUGAAUGUAGCCUUGCAAAAGCUUGCCUCCAUCCCGACAAGCAAGUUACUGGCGGUUGAGGUCUUAUGGACGCCCCAGAAUGAAAAUGACACAUUAUCAGAGAGGGAAUUACUUGAAGACUACCCUCUUUUGAGGCCUUUAUAAGUUAUAUACAUAUAUAUAUAUAACUAUGGAUAGAGUAUUAUGGUUACCGUGCUUCUUUGUAAAUAAUGAAGGCGUAUUGUCAAUGAGUUCAUGGUUAUUUUGA